AGAAGAAAAAUAAAGAACAUUGUUGUGAUUUAGAGUAUCGUCAACAUUAUGAUCAUUAUUUUAAUUGUAAACCAGAGUAUGAUCCGAAUCAUCUCUUAUUAAAGUUUAAGGUUAUAAGAGAAAUACCUGAAAAAAAAGUACAUGUUACAGAAGCUAAGAAAAAAUCUUUAGGACCUAGUGGAUCUGGUGAAGAUAGCACCGAAGAAUCAGAUAAAUACGAUAUUGUUUACCCGGAUGUACCGAUAGGAUGGAAUAAACGAAGAAACAAACAUAGAACGAAACUUCAUAAUGUAAAAUGUCUUGUGAAUUAUGUUGAUAGGAAGGACGGCUAUGCAUUAGUAUCGUGUUAUAACAUUGGAAAAAAAUAUCCAAAUGUUGAAAAUAUAUUUAGGCCUACAAAAGAAGAGGAUGAAUUUUAUGCCAAAAUAAAGGAAGAAAAAGGAGUUAGGGGUAGGGUAACAACAAGAGGGGAUUCUGAGGAUUCUGUGCAUUCUGAACCAGGUGUUACGGAAACAUCUGCUGAAAUUCGAAACAAAUAUGGAAAUUCCGCUACACCUAAAUCUAAAAUCCAUGUUGGCAUACCGAUAUAUUUACAAGGAUACAGUUUACUAG